GUCAUAAGUGUAGAUUUAACGAGUUACUAUAGAAAAUUACGUGUAACAUUUCAGAUACAGAAAUUACAUAUCAUAAAAUGAUUAAACAAAUAUGUGAAAAACACAACAAAAAGUAUCCAAAGGAAUUACAACUUAAAGUGUAUGGAUUAACUGACAGAGAACUGAGUGUGUUGGUCGUAAACGAAGUAAAGAUGCCAAUAUCGGUUGAUGAAUUCGAGAGGCAGUUAAAUGAUUUGGCCCAAAAAAUGUUGCCAAGUGCACCGUUACAAAAAGGAGCUGAACGUCUACUCACUCAUCUGCAUGACUACAAAAUACCAAUGGCGUUAGCGACUAACUCUAUGGAACAAGCUGUCAGACUCCACGCUACUGCGAGACCGAAACUGUUUGGCUUAUUUCAUCACAAAGUAAGCGUCACUGACCCAGAAGUGUUUCGUGGCAAACCAAACCCUGACAUCUUCCUGGUGGCUGCUUCAAGAUUUCCAGAUAAACCUUCUCCAAGACAGUGUCUCGUUUUCGAAGACUCAGCGGUAGGAGUGCAAUCAGCUAAAGAAGCCGGCAUGCAGGUAGUAAUGAUUCCUGACGCGCGCAUGGAUCGUGAACACACUCGUCACGCGACUCUGGUCAUCCGGUCACUUCUUGACUUCAGGCCAGAACUGUUCGGCUUGCCACCGUUUGAUGACGGUCCAAGAACAAUGAAGAGAAUUGAGGACAAUGAAGCACAUGAAUAAAAUAAAAUGUCCUUUAUUUCCACAGUCAAAAUAAUCAAAAAGAGAUGUUUUUUAUUAUCACAGUGUAUUUAAAUUAUAUAAUUUUGAAUUACCUUCAUUCCUUCCUUCAUGGGAAUUAUUUUGGAAGUUAAAUAAGUACCUAAUAAAAUCUGUGUGUCGUGUG